AUGCUAUCGUCUGGCAGCAGUAUCCGCCGCACUGAGCCCAUGGCUGGCAAGGGCUCCGCGGAGCGCAGGCCGCCGCCUACCGUCGAGGAUCUCAUGUUCGAGCGGCCGCACAUCGCUGCGAGCGGAGCGAGAGAGCUGAUGCAGUUGGUGCAAGAGAGCCAGCGGGCGCGGCUGGCUCUCGCGGCCAACUUUGAGUCGCGCUUCGAAGACCUCGUAACCGAGGGCGCCGCGUCGGGCUACCCGGCUCUCGUGGAGCAGUUCCGACCGCUCUUUGCGGCUUGCGAUGCGACGCUCGAGGCGCUGGCUACGGCGCUGGCGGGGAGAGAGGGCGGUGCGGCCGCGUCGCGGCUCGUGACAAGCCUAGUCCGCGAGGAGAGGAUGCGACACGACGCCCACCUCAAGGUGCAGGCGCCCGACGAAGAGGAGGCGGCGGAGGCGCGGGCGGCGCUCGAGGGCGCGGAGGCGACGGAGAUGGGGUACGUGGAAACGAUACGCGAGCUGCUCGAGGAGCUCACAGCCGAGGCGGCCGACUGCGAGGACUGA